UAAAGGGGCGAUUGUGGAAGUCCCAUGAAAUGCCACAUAGUGAUGGUGUCACUUUAAAAAACACCCAAUCCGGUCUGUGAACGGUUGGCGCUAAGAAAGGCAUCCAGCUGUAAAACAAUGCCAAAACUCUUUAAUAAUGACCAUAAGAAUAGUUGAUCAGACAAACUGCGUAAACGGGGCUGGAACUCUAAGGAGUAAAGGUGUCGCGCACGGUAGGACAGAUGUCAGGUGGGAGCAUCGUCAGAUCGUUACCCAGCUAUCACAUCACAGGGUUGAUAACACUAGGUUGAGGAUGGCUAGUGUAAAUGUUGGUACUCUGAGAGGCAGAGCAGGUGAAGUAGUUGAAAUGUUAGAACGUAGAUCUGUUGAUAUGUGUUGUGUUCAGGAAGUCAGGUGGAAAGGAGUUUCAGUGAGAUUUGUGGAAGGUAGGAGGGCAAGGUAUAAGCUUUUUUGGAUUGGUAAUAGUGAUGGAUAUGGAGGAGUUGGCAUAUUCGUUGCAGAGAAGUGGGUAGAAAAAGUAAUAGAUGUUAUGCGUGUUAAUAGUCGUAUUAUAGUGAUAAAGUUUUUGAUAGGUAAUAGGAUUGUCACUUUUCUGUCAGUUUAUGCUCCACAGUGUGGACUCAGUGAGGAAGAUAAAGAUAAGUUUUAUGAUGAGUUAAUAGCAGCCACAUCAACGUUCAGUGUCUCCAAACGUUGAUGUGGCUGCUAUUAACUCAUCAUAAAACUUAUCUUUAUCUUCCUCACUGAGUCCACACUGUGGAGCAUAAACUGACAGAAAAGUGACAAUCCUAUUACCUAUCAAAAACUUUAUCACUAUAAUACGACUAUUAACACGCAUAACAUCUAUUACUUUUU